GCAGUUUAAAAUGGCGGCGUUGAGCAGCGCCGAGUCCCCACCGCCCGUCUUUAACGGAGACACCACGGAGCGGGAGCCGGGCCUGGACGAGCUGGGCGCGGGGUUAGACUCGUCUUGCUCGUCGGGCAUUCCCGGAGACCCCCAGGACGAGGAGAUCUGGAACAUCAAACAGAUGAUAAAGCUGACACAGGAACACUUGGAGGCUCUACUGGACAAGUUUGGAGGAGAACAUAACCCUCCCUCCAUAUAUCUGGAAGCCUAUGAGGAGUACACCAGUAAACUGGACGCCCUGCAGCAGAGAGAACAGCAGCUGCUUGAAGCUAUGGGGAACGGCGCUGACUUCUCCUGCGCCCCCUCUCCCAUGCCAGCCCUGUUGGAAGUCAAAAUGGGAGGCUGCGGAGUCGUUGGAGGAGCUCAGGCCUUUCCCACAGCCCCCAACACUUUGACUGUUCUGCAAACUCCUACUGAUACUGGUCGAGGCAACCCUCGCUCCCCCCAGAAGCCCAUUGUCAGGGUCUUCUUGCCCAACAAGCAGAGAACAGUGGUCCCGGCCCGAUGUGGGAUGACUGUGAGGGACUCGCUGAAGAAAGCUCUGAUGAUGCGAGGACUUAUUCCAGAGUGCUGUGCAGUCUACAGGAUACAGGAUGGAGAGAAGAAACCUAUUGGCUGGGAUACGGAUAUCUCCUGGCUGACAGGAGAGGAGCUGCACGUUGAGGUGUUGGAGAAUGUACCACUCACCACACACAACUUUGUGCGGAAGACCUUCUUCACGCUGGCCUUCUGUGAUUUCUGCAGAAAGCUGCUGUUUCAGGGUUUCCGCUGUCAGACCUGUGGCUACAAGUUCCACCAGCGCUGCAGCACCGAGGUUCCUCUCAUGUGUGUCAACUAUGACCAGUUGGACUUGCUGCUAGUGUCAAAGUUCUUUGAGCAUCACCCAUUCAGCCAGGAGGAGGUCUCUUCAGAGGGAACUACGCCUGUCUCUGAGGUCUGUCCAUCCCUCCCGCCAUCCGACUCCACCGGGUCUAUAUGCCACACCACUGUGUCCCCGUCCAAGUCCAUCCCUAUUCCGCCUAGCUUCCGGCCCAAUGAAGAGGACCACCGAAACCAGUUUGGCCAGAGGGACCGCUCAUCCUCCGCCCCCAAUGUUCAUAUCAACACCAUCGAGCCUGUCAAUAUUGAUGACCUUAUUCAAGAUCCGGGCUUGCCGAGGUCCGAUGGAGCCCCCCUGACCCACCCCACCCGCUGCUUGAGGAAGCACCGAACACGGACCUCAAGCCCCCUCCUUUACUCCUGCCCCAAUGACAUAGUGUUUGAUUUUGAGCCUGAGCCUGUUUACCGAGGCUCAACCACUGGGUUGUCAGCCACACCCCCCGCUUCUCUGCCUGGUUCACUGACCAGUCACAAAAUGACACAGAAGUCACCCUGCCCGCAGAGGGAGCGCAAGUCAUCUUCUUCGUCUGAGGACCGGAACAAGAUGAAAACUCUUGGCAGAAGGGAUUCCAGUGAUGACUGGGAAAUCCCUGAGGGUCAGAUAACUCUUGGUCAGAGGAUAGGCUCUGGAUCCUUUGGAACCGUCUUCAAGGGAAAAUGGCAUGGGGAUGUGGCGGUUAAGAUGCUGAACGUCACUGCUCCCACGCCACAACAGCUCCAGGCCUUUAAGAAUGAAGUGGGAGUCCUCAGGAAAACGCGCCAUGUGAACAUUUUGCUGUUCAUGGGAUACACGACCAAGCCCCAGCUAGCCAUUGUGACCCAGUGGUGUGAAGGCUCCAGUCUAUACCACCACCUGCACAUCAUCGAGACCAAGUUUGAGAUGAUUAAGCUGAUAGACAUUGCCCGGCAGACUGCCCAGGGCAUGGAUUACCUGCACGCCAAGUCAAUCAUCCACAGAGAUCUGAAGAGCAACAAUAUUUUCCUCCAUGAGGAUCUGACGGUGAAGAUCGGUGACUUUGGUCUGGCCACAGUAAAGUCUCGCUGGAGUGGCUCCCACCAGUUUGAACAAUUGUCUGGCUCAAUACUUUGGAUGGCUCCAGAGGUGAUCCGGUUGCAGGACAAGAAUCCUUACAGCUUCCAGUCCGACGUGUAUGCCUUCGGCAUUGUGCUCUAUGAGCUCAUGUCAGGAGCUCUGCCCUACUCCAACAUUAACAACAGAGACCAGAUUAUAUUCAUGGUGGGCCGAGGUUACCUCUCCCCGGACCUCAGCAAGGUGCGCAGCAACUGUCCGAAGGCCAUGAAGAGACUGAUGGCUGACUGCCUGAAAAAGAAAAGAGAGGAAAGACCUCUGUUUCCACAGAUCUUGGCGUCUAUUGAGCUGCUGGCUCGCUCAUUACCCAAAAUCCACCGCAGCGCCUCAGAGCCCUCACUAAACAGAGCUGGCUUUCAGACGGAAGACUUUAGCUUGUACGCCUGCGCCUCACCUAAAACCCCCAUUCAGGCCGGCGGCUAUGGGGAGUUUUCUGCAUUUAAGUAAGUGCAGUGUCACAUCACUUCUUCCCUCGUCACUUCUCAAAUGUCUUGUGUCCCUGCGGUGGAUUCAUUCAUUAUUGAAAAAAAACAACAACAACAAACUGGAACGCUAGUCUCAAAGAAUGUGUGGUUUUCUUCCUCCAUCACCCCGAAGAGGGCACCCUCACUGGAGUCGUUCCAACAAGCUGUCCAAGCACGCAAACAGCAAUAGAACGAUGAAAAAGGACGGGAAACGGUUACACACACGAGGUCAAAAAAAAAAGAAACAAAAAAAUCCGACGACAUUCACGAGAAAAGGGUUUUGAGGAGGAAACUCAAUCAACGUCUGCAUGAAGGAAAUGAUGAAGGCAAAUGAAGAGGCUGGGCCAUCAGCCAGACCAGAACUGCACUUUGAGCGACGGCUGAACAGGGCUUGUGGAAGACGCCUCCCAUCCAUUGGUCGGUGGAAAACUUGGCGUCGGUUCCCAAGAAGAGCUGGAGGUCAUUCAACAGGGGAUGAUAAUGAAGAUAAUGAGAUAGAAGAUAAUGAAGAUAGCUUCUUUUCUUUUUUUUUCAACUGUGUUGCAUUCUUCAGAUUUUACCUAGCAACUGCUAGGAUGUAGAGCUCCUUGGUCCUCUUUUUGAAGAAACGGUAGCCAUUUUAGAGGACUCUUGGCCAUGCCGCACAAGCCUUUUUAUUGUCUUUUUGGGCUUUCUGUGGCUUAGAUUAUUCAGAAUACUGUACCUUGCCUUUUGUUUUUUUUUUUUUUUU